ACAAGCCCACAGUACAAGACCGGCGCACAGGUGCGCUGCACCUGCACAGCCUGUUCCAGGGGUUUCAGAGAAGAAAAACCUCUGAGCUCUUUAUAAUUUUGAACAGCUUUGCGCGCAUUCCUUCUGUUCGAUACGAGUGAUGUUAAGCUCUUCCAUUUUAAAGAAACACACGUUAACCUUUACACUUUCAUCGAGAAUCUGCUGUUCAUAACUGUCCGUCCAGCUGUGCAGGGCUCUCUGCUGGCCAGACCGCUCUCCCGCUGGCCGAGGCGCAUUAGAAAUCUGAAGGCAGACUCAAGUGCCAAGGCGCUGCGUUAAGACCGAAGUCCUCCCCGUCUCCCGACUGACAGCAGGUCUUUAUAAACUGCCUGCUUCGUUAUUUUACUGCAGAAUCACCAGAACUCCGCUUCAUUUUUCUACUUGUCACAGCGGGAUUCCGUUUAAAAGGGGAAGACGGCGCGCUUCAACACUAGUGAGAAAGUUGCUGAGCGUAAUGAGCGGGUAGCUCUUCGGGAGAUGCAGGCUGGUCUGCGAAGGGGCAUGUGUUUGGUAAAGACCUGGUGGACUGUAACGCAACGGGGCACAUUUAGCGGCUGACUGUCUCUCUGCCGCGUCUCUGCUCGUCUCAGAAUGACUGCCUUUGGCUUUUCGGACGUGGAAGCGUUCCUGGACUGCCACCCGGAUCUUUUCGAAGACUACUUGAUUCGGAAGGGCAAGAGUGAAGCGGUGAGCAGGUGGCUGAGAGCGCACCAGCCGCACAAGGCGCCACCAGAAGACAAGCACAGCCCGGGCUGUGGCUCAGAGCCGCUCCGGGAUGCCAAAGCCGGCGGUUUCCAGCGGCGAUCCUCCCACCUGCAGCUGAGGAGGAACUUCGCUCGCUCCCGAGCCAUGACCGCGCACCGGACCUACGACGAGCACGACAACCUCGGCGCCCACGACCCCCAGUCCAGCACGCGGAGGAGAGCCCUCCUGCGCAAAGCCAGCUCCUUGCCCCCCACCCCGGCGCACAUCCUGAGCGCCCUGCUGGAGUCCAGAGUCAACGUCCCCCAGUACGCCUCCAGCGCCAUCGAGUACAAGCGCAGGCUCAAGGAGUCGAACGAGAGGGAGUUUUUCUUAGAGCUCGUCAAGGACAUCUCCAACGACCUGGACAUGCCCAGUCUCUGCUACAAGAUUCUCCUAAACGUGUGCAUCCUGGUGGACGCGGACAGGUGCUCUCUGUUCCUGGUGGAGGGCCCGCCUCACAAGAGGACGCUGGUGUCCAAGUUUUUCGACGUUCACUCGGGGACGACCGUGCUGCCCUCGUCCAGCACGGAGAACUCCAGCGAGGUGCAGGUGCCCUGGGGGAAGGGCAUAAUUGGCUACGUGGCUGAGCACGGCGAGACCGUCAACAUCCCCGACGCCUAUGAGGACCAUCGGUUCAGUGACGAGAUUGAUAAACUGACGGGGUACAAAACGAAGUCCAUUCUCUGCAUGUCCAUCUGUAACAGUGACGGAGAGGUCAUUGGCGUGGCGCAGGCGAUCAACAAGAACCCGAGUGGCGGUCCUUUCACCGAGGACGACGAAAAGGUCCUGCAGAUGUACCUACCGUUCUGUGGAAUAUCGAUCUCCAAUGCGAAGCUGUUUUCUGAGUCGCGCAAAGAGUAUGAAAGGAGCAGGGCCCUGCUGGAGGUGGUGAACGAUCUGUUCGAGGAGCAGACGGACCUGGAGAAGGUUGUGAGGAAGAUCAUGCAGAGAGCGCUGACGCUGCUGCAGUGCGAGAGGUGCUCCGUGCUGCUCCUGGAGGACAUCAGCUCCCCGGUUGUUAAGUUUUCAAAGACAUUUGAACUCAUGUCUCCCCUGAGCUGCACGGACCAGGACCUCAGCCUGGAGAAGCUCUCUUGUUCCGACUGGCUGAUCAAUAACAGCAUCGCGGAGCUGGUGGCCUCCACUGGGCUGCCGGUGAACAUCAGCGAUGUGUGCCAGGACCCGCGCUUCGACACUGAGGCGGACCAGGCCUCUGGGUUCCCCAUUCGCUCCGUGCUCUGCGUCCCCAUCUGGAACAGGACUCAUCAGAUUAUCGGUGUGGCCCAGAUUCUGAAUCGACUGGACAGGAAGACGUUUGAUGAUGCUGAUCAAAGGCUCUUUGAGGCUUUUGUCAUCUUCUGUGGACUAGGAAUCAAUAACACCAUGAUGUACAACCAAGUGAAAAAGACGUGGGCCAAACAGUCUGUUGCUCUUGAUAUGCUGUCUUAUCACGCCACCUGCUCGAAGGUCGAAGUGGACAGACUUAAGGCAGCUAAAAUCCCUCUAGUCACUGAGCUGGGAAUCGAUCAAUUCUACUUCAACGACUUUUCUCUCGAUAGCGACGCGAUGAUCACAGCUUCGCUCAGGAUGUUCCUGGAACUGGGAAUUGUCCAGAAAUUCAAAAUUGACUAUGAGGUCCUGUGCCGCUGGCUGCUCACGGUGAGGAAGAACUACCGCCAGGUGGCGUACCAUAACUGGCGCCAUGCCUUCAACGUGUCCCAGUGCAUGUUUGUCAUGAUCACGACGGCCCGUUUCCAGGACAUCCUCUCCGACUCUGAAAUCUUAGCUCUGAUGGUGGGCUGUCUCUGCCAUGACCUGGACCACAGGGGGACAAACAACGCCUUCCAGGCCAAGACAGGGUCUGCUCUGGCUCAGCUCUAUGGAACCUCGGCCACCCUGGAACACCAUCACUUCAACCAUGCGGUGAUGAUCCUGCAGAGUGAGGGUCAUAACAUCUUUGCCAAUCUCUGUUCCAAAGAAUACAGCAACAUGAUGCAGCUACUUAAACAAGCCAUCCUGGCGACAGACCUCACCUUAUAUUUUCAGAAAAGAAGCAAGUUCUUUGAGUAUGUGCUGUCGGGGGACUUCAACUGGACGAAUGAGGAGCACAGAGAAUUCCUGAGAUCUCUGCUCAUGACUGCAUGCGAUUUAGGAGCUGUGACACGUCCAUGGGAAAUCUCUAAACAGGUCGCAGAGCUGGUGACCAGUGAGUUUUUUGAACAAGGGGACAGAGAGAGAUCAGAGCUGAAGCUUACACCAUCUGCGAUCUUCGACCGUAACAGGAAGGAUGAGCUGCCUGCCCUGCAGCUGGAGUGGAUUGAUGGCAUCUGUAAGCCCCUCUAUGAGGCUCUGGUGAAGGUGAACGGGCAGCUUCAGCCCAUGCUGGAUGGCAUCGCUGCAAACCGCUUGAAGUGGGAAGAGCGUUGCUCCUCCUGUGAGCAGAGUCUCAGCACCACUGAGCCCUCAGAGUCUGCUCAGGCUGGGGAGCCCCUGAAGUAGCCAUACUCAACCAGCUUCUUUCACUGUCACAGUGAAAUCUUCCAUGAAAUAAAGAAGGAGCGGUUUCUAUCCACAUUCUGCAAAGGCUACAAGCUUGUCAGCCCUGAACUGGUGGAUCUGGGUUUCACUGAAGCUCACGCAAUCAGGCUGUGGUUCUUAAUUCUAACAAUUAUGCUGAAAUCAUUGCAAGUUUUCAGCCUUGUUUUGCAAUGUGUGCAUUCAGCACACAGACAGCACGCUUCACGAGUCAGCAUAUUCCGUUGUUCCUUUCGCACUACGCUGCGAUGCUGACGUGUUGAAGACAAAGCCGAUUCUCUUUGUACUUUCACUACAGGGCACUGAGGGUAAAGUCAUCAGUAAGAGUUACUGACGGUGGGAUGGAAGAUUGGAUUUCAGGCCAACCUCUACAAGUGUCAUCUUCUGAGCACGAUUUAAUAAUGUGGAAUGCUGAGUUAUAACUUUCACUGUGAUAUAAAAGUUUUAAUUGUGCACUUUUUAACAGCAAUUUAUUCUAACAGAGUUUUUUACAUACCACUUGUCAAGUGUGGAACUAGUUAUAUAUCGAAAGGAAAAUUAUUUUUAAAGCCCAAACAGCAACAUGCUACUCUUGCUGUAUAACAUAAUGGUACUGUAACGUAAUUAGUUCAAGUACUGUAGGGAGCUGCAUCAGCAGGCGUAGGCUGCAAAGGAACACGUAAAGGUUA